UAAUGGAGUAAACUUUAGGUUUUAGAUAACUUUUUUUUUACAUGAUUUUCUGCUAAUUAUCAGUUUUAUGAGAUGAUAUAACUGGUAGGUGGAUACUUGAUGUGUGUAAAUGAUAAAUGAAUAAAUAAUGGAUGAAGUUGGGGCAAAAAAUAUUGUGGUGACUGGAUUUGGGCCAUUUGGUUGUCAUGUUGUCAAUGCAAGUUGGGAAGCGGUUAAAGAAUUAUCGAAAAUUUCAACUGAUAAACUAAAAACUCAGUAUAAUGUUAAUUUAAUUAUUGAAGAAAUUCCAGUUGCUUACGAUCAUGUUAGUAACCGUGUUCCGGAAAUAUGGGAAAAUUAUGAUCCCUUGUUCGUAAUCCAUGUUGGAGUAUCAGCUGCCGCUAAAUGUCUGACAAUAGAAAACAAAGCUCACGGUACUGGAUAUUCUCGAAAAGACAUAAAAGAAUGUUGCCCAUGCGAAGAUGGUGAUGAAGAUUGUAAGAAAUUUAUGACUACCGAAAUAGAUGUUGAUAAUAUUUGCGAGGAAGUUAACAAAAAAGGAGUUUGCAAAGCCUGUGUGUCUGAUAAUGCUGGUAGAUAUUUAUGCGAGUACACUUACUAUCAAUCACUACGUGUUCAAUGUAAAAGAACAAUUUUUGUUCAUGUGCCGGAUUUUAAUGUCUAUCCGACUUCACUAACAGCUCAAGGACUUGAUACUAUUGUAUGUCAUUUACUUGAAAAUCUCCAGUAAUUUUUUUUUUUACAUAACAGACAAACAAUUAUAAAAAAAAUAUUGUUAAAAAUAAUUUGUUAAAUGAAAUUUAUUUUAUUA